GGCCAAUCUAGUAGUUGUUUACUGCAUGUUUACUGCUAGUAGUAGUAGAGUAAACAUAUGCAUGGGCGUGAAAAUUCCAUAGGAGCGGGGUCGACCAGGCUCUGCCAGUCUGCGACUGUUUCACGUAGUGAGAAGCGAGAAGGUUUCCAAAAAAAUCUGUAGUGACCAAGUAGCCACUUCUCAUAUACGGCUGACGAGUUCCAUCUAAAGACGAAACAUAUCAAGGGCAUUGUGCAAAUUUUCAAUGGCAUCUGUUGGCAUUAAGAUUGCUCGAAGCACAAGUAAUUUGUGUGAUAUGACAAAUAGCUACAAAACCAACUCGACUCCACGUGGAUAUUGCUUGAUCAUUAAUAAUGAAGAAUUCAAGGGCUUGAACCCCCGGAAAGGAUCGCAGAAAGAUGUAGAGACUUUGCGUCAACUAUUUACAGAGCUUGGCUAUGAGAUGUGGGAUACACAAGCAAACACAAGUAAUUUGACUGCGCAGGAAAUAAAAGAUGUUGUACAAAAUUUUGCUGCUAGUGACAAACACAACAGUGUCGACUCGAGCAUUGUUGCCAUCUUAAGCCAUGGUGGUGCGGAAGACGUGAUAUUUGGAGCAGACGACGAAGAGCUUUCAUUUUCUGAUGACAUUCUUCAUCUAUUCGAAGGACACAAUGCACCGGGUCUAAUGCAGAAACCCAAGUUGUUCAUUCUUCAAGCGUGUCGUGGAGACCGUCGGCAUAAAGGGAUUCGCCUAAGCCCUCAAUCGAGGGAUGUGCAUGGAGGCAAUGAUCAGCCGGAAGAGUCGAGUGAAAAGUUUGCGGCAGACUCAGCACCCCCUGCAGCUUCAUUCAUGCCAUCUUUGCAUAUUCAGCCUGAAUCUAGUAAACCACGCAAAACUCCAAAGAAGACAAAACUGUUACCAAACUUGAGUGAUUAUAUAGUAUUUCGUCCAACAACUCCAGGUGUAGCAGCAAUGCGACACCCAGAAAAAGGCUCUUGGUUCAUCAAUGUUCUGGCUGAGGUGUUUGCGGCAGAAGCAUACUGGAGUAACCUGGAUGACCUUGCUCACAAGGUGAACACCAAAAUGUCAGCGAAACAAGGAAAAGAAGUGGUUAGGAAUGCAAUUACAAAGAAGGAGCAAGCCGAAUAUCGGAAGCAGAUGUCAGUGUGUGAUUAUUCUCUACAAAAAGACUUCAACUUCAAUCCACCUCCUCUAACCGAGGUUGUUGGAUGGGGCAUUACAUUGGCGUACUGGUACUGGUCUGGAUUCCUGGAUUUAAUUAAGGAUGACUUAUCGAGCAAGUUGGAGGCAUGGAACAAUAAAGAGAUGGCUGGUGCCACAGUGAUGCCACAGCUCUUAAUGCUCUACUCACAGAGCUGUCGAUUAUCGGAAGAGACUACAAGGCAAAUGACAAAGCUGUUGGAGUCAGACACUGAAAAGAAGACCGUUCUCAUAACAAUGAAGAACCUGUGCGGUGUACGACAGAAAAAGUAUUUUGUUUCUCUUAAUAAACGUAGGUGUAGUCGCAAAGACUACUACAUUUCUUGUGACUAUCCCACCUGUUUGAAAGGGUUACAGCUUACAGACACCGAUCGUGAGCAGAGAAACAAUGAGCUGAAUUGGUUUCAUAUCACGUUGCAGCAAAUCCUAUCCAAGAGGUUUUUCCAAGGGAAAUGUCCCUUUGUACUAGUUCCAUUUGAUGACAAGAAACCAAAUGCUGUAGAUGCUACAGUGAAGGAAGUGACUAAGCUAUGGCGAGAAGACAAAAUACAUGGAUUUCAACUGGAGGAUAGCAAACCGGAGUGGCUGAAAAUGUCUGCUUCACUGCUUGGUAAAGAGUUAACAUUUCAAAGUUGGAUGCCUAUAGGCAUUUUGCUUGCGCAGCGAUGGGCAGACCUGUAUUUCAGAAAUUAUGGCCCAGAGUUGAGAAAAACUGUCACAAACUUUCUUAGCACGCGGCACGAGGCUCAGGUCCUUCUUGACGAUGAUGAUGACAAUGAUGAUGAUGAUAGUGGUCACGAUAUUCAUGAAACUAGUGACUCUGAGAGGGUUCACCAAGGCGAUGGUGAUACUGAAAUUGACGCUAGUAAAAUGGACUGGCCGGCAAGCAGUACCGAUUCUUUUCCAGUAAGAAAACUCCUAGUGCUGUUGCCCAGGACGUGCAAAACGUUCGAAUGUGUAUCUGACGAUGAGAAAUCAGUUGUAGCUGAGAAAGACAUGGAUCACUUUCCUGAUAGCACAAAAGGCAUAGGUGAACGGCUAGUAGGGAAAAGCACAGUUUACAAGCUAGAAAGUGUAUUUUUCCUGGCAGAGUACGCAACCCCACUGCGUUGCCUGCGCCUCAUGAUGAACGAUGGUAUAAUAACAGAGCAGUUAAUGGAUGAUUACUAUCGCCAGUUUUGUAGCCACUUAGAAUUAUGGUUGCAAAGAUAUCGAUCAUUAAAAGAGAGUUUCAGCCUUGUGCAGUAUGAUGAUAGAGGUAGGAACCAAGCACUGCUGUAUGCUCUAAAGGUGCAUCUAACGCAUCAUCAACUAUAGUUCCUUAAUUAUUACAGGGAUAUGUUGAUGGUCUUCAAUCGUAUUACUGACCUGAGGGCUAUUAUAUCGCAGUAGUGUCGCUGGUAUUCAGCAAUAUUGAUAUCUGAUAGAUAUCUCAUAAAUAUCUCCAGAAGUACAUUGAAGUGCCUUUCGUUAAUAAUUUGAAUAUUGGAUAAGCAAAUAGGUACAAUGCAAGUAUAUAUAAAUCGUAUAUAUAAUCAAACGUGGAUUUCGGUGGUUGACUGCUGUAUUUAAAUUGCACGGUAGAUGGACCUUAAUUUUAACAUGAUUAUGUAUUUGUUACGCGCAUGAUUUCAUGUUUGCUACAUUUGAAACAUAAAAAUUCUACAUAAAACAUCAAUAUCGUUGGUAAAAUGUGUGCUAGUCAAAUGCCCAUUUUUUCGUUUUCUAGCAGUUUGAAAUGACUAUCGAAGUGAGUGUAAAACGUUCUAUCUAUUAAUAAGUGAAGCUCAUGACCUCAUGACCUUCAACAGGAAGUAGUACUAUGAUUUAUUUACUGUUUCAGAAAAUAAACGUAGUUCGAUCAAUAUAGAAAUUAAUAUGAUUAAAAAGCCAAAUCUUUGUAAAAGAUUUGGUCAAAUUAUACAAUAAUUUGUAGACUCCCUAUCAGCUGGUUAAAAAGCCAGUGUAUUAGAGCUUGGUCGAUUUUCUAUUGAUUAGUUGCAAUGUAUACUAAGGGUUCAUUGAAGUUAUAAUAAAACCAACCAAUAACAAACAAAA